GAGAGGAGGGGCCGCCGCCCUCCCCCGCCGCCGAGGCGGCCCUGGAGCUCCGCGGAUGGCGGUGCGGCGGCGGCGGCAGCAGCAAAGGAGGGGAGGCCGGGCUCGGCGUUUAGCGGCUCGGUCACGUUAAGAUUAAGCAGAGCCAGGCGUUUUACCGAAAAUACCGCCCGCAGCAGGUGUGCUGGGCGCGCACGCUGUUUCCGGAGUGAUUUGGGGGAGUUGUGAGGAGAAAGGGACGUGCGGAGGCACAGGUCUCCCCUAAAGAUCUUCUAAAGCUUCUGAAAACCUCGAGGAACACCUGGGAAUAAAGCAAAGGAACAACUAAUCUGCCAACUUCUGAUGGCUGACCACCAGCCAGUGGUUCAUUGACUACUGGAAAGCCUAUGCAGAAGGUGGAUCAGCUGGAACGUCUCUUCUUAUUUUAGUGUGCAUCUUUUUAUCAGCUGCUUUCCUUAUGUUUUUGGUAUAUAAAAAUUUUCCGCAGCUUAGUGAAGAAGAAAGAGAAUUUAUAAAGAUUCCUAGAGACAUGGAUGAUGCAAAGGCCUUGGGAAAAGUCCUGUCCAAAUAUAAGGACACCUUUUAUGUGCAAGUAUUAGUGGCUUAUUUUGCCACAUAUGUUUUCUUGCAAACAUUUGCUAUCCCUGGGUCUAUAUUUCUCAGUAUCCUCUCAGGGUUUCUCUAUCCCUUCCCACUGGCCUUAUUUCUUACUUGUCUGUGCUCAGGACUCGGAGCUUCGUUCUGCUAUAUGCUUUCAUACCUAGUGGGACGGCCUGUUGUAUACAGAUAUUUAUCAGAAAAGGCAGUGAAAUGGUCAGAUCAGGUUGAAAGACACAGAGAACACCUCAUUAACUACAUAAUAUUUCUGAGAAUAACGCCUUUUCUUCCUAAUUGGUUCAUCAAUAUAACAUCUCCUGUAAUAAAUGUACCAUUGAAAAUAUUUUUCAUUGGCACUUUCGUAGGUGUGGCACCACCAUCUUUUGUAGCAAUUAAGGCAGGAACAACACUGUACCAACUUACAACAGCAGGGGAAGCUGUUUCCUGGAACUCUGUGUUUGUCCUCAUGAUUUUAGCCAUCCUCUCCAUCCUACCAGCUGUCUUCCAGAAGAAACUGAAACAGAAGUUUGAAUAAGGAUCAGACUGGAUCAGAAUUUCCCAUACUUCAUCUCAGGAUCAGCACUUCUGAUAUUUGUAUGUUUGCUUUUCUAUUAGAUCUUCAGCAAUUAAAGGGGAGGCUUGCAGUGGAUAAGAAUGUCUUUAAAUGAACACGUGGCCUAAAAUUGAAGAAACUGUGUUCAGAAAAGUACUACACAUAGUUUUGUAACCAAAGCAUCAGUGUUUUACUUUGGGGAGAGGGGCAGGAUGAAGGAAGAGAAGACACAUUUUGCUCUAAUUAUGUGCAGAGCAAAAAUGGUAAUGUGGACACAAACUACAGAUACUGCUUUCUAAAACUUGCAAAAAAUCCUCAAUUGUUCAGUCCAGUUUUGUAACACUACAUGUCUCAUUUGCAUGUGAUCUGGUCUGAGUACACUUUUCGUCAGAAAUAUUUUUCGUUUUGCCUUUUGUAGUUCCAGAAAAAUAGCAUAAUGUAAUAACAACGCUCACUGAGAAACAAAGAUUUUUUUCUGAGCAUUACUUUAACUUCAGUGAUAUUCUUGACAUCCUGAUUGUUUACUUCUUUAUUUAUUAGUGCUGUGUGGAUUUAAAUACUUGAACCUACAUCUGCUUUACUAACUGGAUUAACAAAGGCAGAGGAGUGUCAAAUCAUUCCUCCUUGUCCUCUGUAAAUUUUUAUUCUGGAAGAGGAUAUAGGAAGGGCGAGAGCAGGCUAAAACUCAGUCCUGGCUGGCUGAUGAAUUUAAGUUCUAAUCUUGCUUAAAUUUUUAUGCUGAUUACUUUUCCAAUAUUUCACCUGCAUAGAUUUUUUUUUCUUGCCGAUUUAAGACAGUUAUUACUAUUAAAAAAAAAACUUCAGUUCUCAACUGAUUUAAACAUGUAUAACUUUAAGCAGCUUAUUACAAUUUCUCAAACAAUAUGUAAAGUGUAUAAAAUCCUCCAUUGCAGCUUGAUUGGCUAGAAGAAAUAUCUGGUACACAGACUGGUACACAUACUGUUCAAUGAAUCAUGUAACAAAAAUGUAAUAUGUCACUGCAUAUAGAUUUAAAAAGAUGAUGCCCUUUUCUGAUAAGUCAGUAACUGGUGAUGGGCAGUUGGCUAUGAUUUGCUUUUAAGGAAAAACAUAAUAUUUAUUUUAUAUAUAUAUAUAUAUAUAUAUUCCCUAGAUAGGGUAUAUGAUACCCCUGCUUGUAUAGUUAUAACAGUUGCAGUCUGUUGUAUUGUCAGUAGCAUCCCAUAAAAAUUAGGUCCCAAUCAGCAAAGAACUUGGGUGCAUGUUUAAGCUUAUCCUGCUGAAACCAGUGCUGCUUAUAUGCUUUAGGUUUCUGUUCCUCUGAAGUAUCUUUCAGAAAUGGGAGUUGACACAUUAGCUCCAGUUCAAGGGUUUACUUGUCUAUAUCCUUAUGUUAACUCAUCAUAUGAUUAAUCAUUUUAGAUGUAAGAGAAUAGUUCCAUAAAUGUGAUAAUAUGAAAGGUCCUGGUACCUUAAAGAGUUUUGUUCUUUUUGUAACAUAAUCUUGAUUGAUCUCUUCAUUUUAUCACAGUAUUAAAUGUAAAUAUAUAGUAAAUAUUAUUGAUAUGCUAUUUUUGUCUUUUAUUUAAAUCUGGGCUGCACAUUAAAUGGUAUUUUUAUGUUGCUAGAUAAAGGAACUCGUAUAAUUUACCUCUGUUUACAAGUUUACUAUAAGAAUGCUUAGUUUCAGGAAUUGGUUUCUUUUUUAGAAUUGACUCUAAACCUGUACUUUAUUGGCAUUCAAAACUGAACACUGAUCACUUUUAUUGCUGUAAUUCUAAUCUUGGAGCUCACCUACCUGGGGAACUUACUCCAUAGUAAACUAGGGUAUGAAUUUAGCUGUUGAGAGCUAUGUAUCCACUGGAUUAUUGAGUGAGAAGUAGCUGUAGGUUUAUUUACAGCCUAUUUUUCUGCAGAAUAAAUUGCACUCUUAUUAUUGUAGUCCAGUGGCUUUUCUCAAAAAUUCUCACUUGAUUUUCAGUCAAUAACAGAUGCUGUUGUAAAAUUCCUUCUACACUAUAUAAAACUGAUGUUUUGGUGCAACCUUGGCAUUAAAGAAGGAACUGAAUUACCUUUUGAUUUCACAUAAAUCAUGCUAUUGCUAUCGCUUCAGAUUUUCCUUUAGUUGUAUUUCACUGUGUGGAUGGGAUCAGGCUACCUCGUGGGAGAAAAAAGUUCCGUUUCAGCCAUAGUCAGUCAGACUAGCUUCCCCACACAGUGGCUUUUAAUGUCACAAAUAAGGUUCUUUUCUUUUGCAAAACCUUAGGUGUUUUUAGUUUUUUUUUUUUUUUUUUUUUUUUUUUUUUUUUUUUUUAACCCAUCUCUUCAGUUUUUUAUCUGUAGCUGCCAACUGCCUUAGGCAGUUUCUUAUCACAUGAGAACUACUUAUGAGCAUUCUAAAGCAUAAGGAAGGCCUUGUGCAAAAGGCAAAAAGAUGUAGGGUAGAGCUCUGCUGUAGAAUAUUGUACUAGCCCAUCCUUUCCUUUAUGGGAAUCUAGCAAAUGAUCCAAGAGAUAGCCAUAACUUUCUGACAGGAAAACAGUGUCUACCAUGAAGCAAACAGGGAAAUCAGGAACAUGUAGCUUUUUUUAAUUGCAAGGAACUUUGAGGUGUUAGGUGACCUGUUCAUCUUUUAGAAUUUUUUGUAAAUGAUGAUAACUGCACAGCAUCAUUACUAAAUGUCUCUUACCAUUUGAUAAUAAAGUUAUUAUAAAAAACCUGAAA